AGUUCUCCGGAGAGGACGCCGCGGCCGACGGGGCGUGGGGACGGCGGGUCCCCCCAACCCCGAGACUGCAGCGGCGGCACCUUCACUGCCACCGCGCCCUUCCUGACGACUCAGCGGAGCGGCCCUGUACCCAGCCUGAGUUCAAUGCCUCUGUUCCCGCAGCACCUGAUCACCUUCCUGCAGGAACACGGCCAUGGAGGUGGUGCCAGCCGAGGUGAAUAGCUUGCUUCCAGAGGAGAUAAUGGACACUGGGAUAACAUUAGUGGAUGAGGAUAGUAUUGAGGCUGUUAUUGUUUCAUCCCCAAUUCCCAUGGAGACAGAACUGGAAGAAAUUGUCAACAUAAACUCUACUGGUGACUCUGCAGCCACGCCCAUUUCCAUGGAGCCCAUCACAGUGUACAGUAACCACACUAACCAAGUUGCAGUGAACACCACAGUUCCUAAAGCAGAUUCUAAUACAGUGAAACCAACUUUUCCAAGUGGCCUUCAAAAACUUGGUGCUCAGACUCCUGUGACUAUAUCAGCCAAUCAGAUCAUUUUAAACAAAGUAUCACAGACAUCUGAUCUUAAACUUGGCAAUCAGACCCUUAAGCCAGAUGGACAGAAGUUAAUUUUAACAACUUUGGGCAAGUCUGGUUCACCAAUUGUUUUAGCACUACCCCAUAGCCAACUACCCCAGGCUCAGAAAGUUACAACUCAGGCUCAGUCAGGAGAUGCUAAAUUGCCACCGCAGCAGAUUAAAGUAGUUACCAUUGGAGGGAGGCCAGAGCCGAAACCGGUCAUUGGUGUCUCAGCACUGACCCCAGGAAGCCAGCUGAUUAAUCCUACAACCCAGCCCUCUGUGGUUCAGACCCAACAGUUAAAAACAGUACAGAUUGCUAAGAAGCCUCGAACACCAACCUCUGGCCCAGUAAUCACGAAGCUGAUCUUUGCAAAACCCAUUAAUAGUAAAGCAGUUACAGGACAGACAACUCAAGUAUCACCACCAGUCAUUGCAGGUAGAGUUCUUUCACAAUCUACUCCUGGAACACCAUCAAAGACCAUAACAAUAUCUGAAAGUGGUAUUAUUGGAUCAGCUUUAAAUUCUACAUCCCAGACACCAAAUAAAAUUGCCAUCUCACCUUUGAAAUCUCCAAAUAAGGCAGUAAAAUCAGCGGUGCAGACCAUCACUGUUGGAGGUGUGAGCACGUCUCAGUUCAAGACAAUUAUUCCUCUGGCCACUUCGCCCAAUGUCCAACAGAUCCAAGUGCCUGGCAGCAAGUUCCAUUAUGUCCGACUUGUCACUGCCACCACCGCCAGCAGCUCCACACCGCCCACCAGUCAGAACCCCAGCACCAACACUCCGCCUCUGCAGCAAGGUGAAUACACACUUUUCAAAAAUAGUGCAAAGCCAGUGGUUGUUAAUGCAACCCCAGUGCGGAUGUCAGUCCCUUUUGUCCCAGCUCAGACUGUCAAACAAGUUGUUCCAAAACCAAUCAAUGCAACUUCACAGAUUAUAACCAAUAGUCAGCCCCAGCAGCGGCUCAUCAUGCCUGCUACACCACUGCCCCAGAUCCAGCCCAACCUCACCAACCUGCCUCCAGGAACUGUCCUGGCCCCGGCCCCAGGGACAGGGAACGUGGGCUAUGCAGUGCUUCCGGCUCAGUAUGUCACUCAGCUACAGCAGUCUUCGUACGUGUCCAUAGCAAGCAACUCUAACUUCACUGGGACACCUGGGAUCCAGACCCAGGCAAGGCUUCCAUUUAAUGGGAUAAUCCCAUCAGAGUCUGCCAGUCGGCCCAGAAAGCCCUGUAAUUGUACAAAAUCUCUGUGUUUGAAAUUAUAUUGUGAUUGCUUUGCAAAUGGUGAAUUUUGCAACAACUGCAAUUGUACUAAUUGUUAUAACAAUUUGGAACAUGAAAAUGAAAGGCAAAAAGCAAUAAAGGCUUGCCUGGACAGAAAUCCAGAAGCCUUCAAGCCGAAGAUAGGGAAAGGCAAGGAGGGAGAGUCGGAUCGGCGGCACAGCAAGGGUUGCAACUGUAAGCGCUCGGGGUGUCUGAAGAACUACUGCGAGUGCUAUGAGGCAAAAAUAAUGUGUUCCUCCAUAUGCAAGUGUAUUGGCUGCAAGAAUUUUGAAGAAAGCCCAGAAAGAAAGACACUGAUGCACUUGGCAGAUGCGGCUGAAGUCAGGGUGCAGCAGCAGACAGCGGCUAAGACCAAGCUGUCCUCUCAGAUUUCCGACCUGCUCACUCGGCCAGCGCCAGCUUUGAAUAGUGGAGGAGGAAAGUUGCCAUUCACCUUUGUCACCAAGGAAGUAGCUGAAGCCACGUGUAACUGCCUGCUUGCCCAGGCGGAGCAAGCGGACAAGAAGGGGAAGUCAAAGGCAGCCGCUGAGCGAAUGAUACUGGAGGAAUUUGGACGCUGCCUGAUGAGUGUCAUCAACUCUGCAGGAAAAGCAAAAAGUGACCCUUGCGCCAUGAACUGCUGACUCAUGCAUAAAAGAUGGAGAAAUGGAACUGUACAGAAAAUGUAGGAUUCAAGGACACUUGAUUUUCUGGAUAAGUUAAUGAUUACUGUAUUUCAACUCAGUCCUUGUUUUAAGAGACCUGAAAUUAUAAUACUGAAAGAGAAGAAAUUUUAAUUAAGGAAAUUAGUACAUUUUAAAUCUGAGUUAAUUCUGUUUACACCCCUUCUAAAUUGAAUUUUUCUUUUACAUUUUUAUUAUACAGAUUUUUAAUUUAGUUGGGUUUCUUAACAACUAGAUGUUCUAUCUUUCUGAUUCUAUCAACAAAGAACAUUUUAAAAAUUAUGGAAUUUAUAAUGUGUGGUGUUGUAUGGCUUUGUUCAGUAGACGUCAAAACAGCAUUGGUCCUGUGCAGUCAUUCUUUGCUUCUAAUCUAGAAUAUACACAGGUAAAAGGUCUACAUAAUUUUUAUGGAAUGUAUUCAAAUGGCAUUUUGUGUUCCAAAAAGCACUCUUUUUUUAAAAAAAAUCAGCUUUUUAGGCUGGAUUCUGGAAUAGCAAAAGAGGAAGCAAUCUCCAGGCAAAAUUUUAAAGCAAAAUUGUUUUUCACACACACAUGCACAAGUGAAGGGAUAGUAAGUAAUUUUCAAAAGGUGUGUAGUGUGUUUCUGUAAUGAGGAAUGGCUAAGAGUGCUCUGAGCUGUCUCCAUUUUCUUCAGAGAAGUGGUAUGUGUUUGAAAUAAGCUGUCAAAGUGAUUACUGGCUACUAGUAAAGUGAGAGGUAUGUGAAUAUAAGUGAAUAUUAUGUAGAGAUAUUAUAGAACUUCAUAUAAUUAUCAAGUAUACAAUUUAGCUUGGAUAGAGAAAUAAGGAAUAUUGAAGCUGUAAGAGAUGAAUUUAAAGAAGGAUUUUUCUCUAUACGGCUCUCUUUGUAGAUGUUUGAACUAAUAACUUGCAGACCAAUAUAUGGCUUUUAUUUGAUUUACUGAAAUAGGUCUCCUAACAAAACUUUCAAAAUUGUAGUGGAAUUUCUUUUUAUAAGGGAAGUUUACCAUGGCAUUGUUUUUAGGCAGUGAUUUGGUAAACUGAAGGCAUGUAUAUUUUCAUGUAAUUGGUAAAAUAGGCUAAAUCAUUUUCAGUAAUUAAAUUAUGAAUUUAAGAGUCUAUUGUAGUAGGACUCUUGAUUUUAUGACCAAAAAAAAAAAAAAACAACUCCAAAAACCCCAUAUUGGAAUUCAGACAUUUUGUUGGGUACCUUAAUCUUCAGUAAUUGUCAUUAUAUAUAUGAUUAUUAUAUUUCCUACAAGGACUCUACAGUUGUAUGUAUUAAGUGUGUAUAUAUGUUCAUAUGAACAUGCAAGAUAUGGGCAAUAGAAAUUAAGUAACCCAAAAGAGGAUUCCGUUAUUCAUUAAAGUAUCCUUCUUUUGAAAUCUGGAUUUAAAGAAGUAUAGUGCAGUAACUUUAAAUGUAGAUAGUGCAGACAUUCUUAGCACCUCAAUCUAGUAUGCCUAAUUAAAAUUUGUAUAAAUGUAAAUUAGUGUAAGAGGAUAAAAUAAUAUCUAAUCAAGUUAUUUUUCAAAAAUUACAGUAAGGUUUUGGUCUAAACCUAAACUUUGUUCAUUUUGUAUAUAUUCUGUGUUAAUGCUAAUUGCACCAUUGUGAUGUGUAUUUAUAUACAGUGUGCAGAAAAUGUGAAUUUUGAUUACAAUUGUAGAUUAUGUAUGAUGGCAUUGCUUAAGAAUGUUUUGCUUGUAAAAAUUUGAAGGUGCAAUCAAAUGUUACUAGUUUUUGAUUUUCAAGAGGCUAUCUGAAGUAUUAAGCCCUUUUUCUUCCUAUGUAGUACUUACUAAACAACUUUUUGUAUUUAGGCAUUUGCAUCAAAUUGCUGAACCACAUUAAUAACCACGUUCAUUCAACCAUUUUAAAAGACUAUUUGGGGAAGGUUGGGUAUAUAACUUUUUAGCUCUAUUUACAUCCCAAGAUAGAAUGAUUAAAUUUAUAUUUACUAGAGCUAUUCAAAGAAUACGCUUUUCUAUAUUGUAAAAACAGGACAGGAA